AUGAAUAAUCCAAGUCAGCCAGCCACCAACAAUCUUGGCAAUAACAUUCAACCCGCCACGGGCACAGACAGUAACAAAACAGAGAAAGGGGAUCAUUUGGGCAACAUUGUUGCUAAUCAUCUGACAGAAGAGAAAAAGGCAGGUGGUGGUAGUGACCCGGACAAUGCGCAGAAUAGGCGUAACCUGAAGAAAGCGGGUUACACGGGUCUUUGA